CGGAGGAUGACAACGAAGGCACUCCCAAGACACUCAUCCACAGCAAGCAAGACCCGACAUCAGCCAUACCAAUCCUGCCCAACUCUUCUGCAAAGCCAAGACCCUCCAUCAUCGUCCGCUGCUCUCCCAGCAGCUGCCCCUCUCCAUCCGACAGCUCUCUUUCUAACAGCAACCAGCCGACUGACCCGUGCCAAUGGCCCGACCUGCUGCCUGUCAUCUGGUGCUGUAUGUGGUGGCUCUGCUGAUGACCUUGGCGGCCUCCCAGAGCAGCAGCUCUCAUCACUACGGCCAUGGCAUUGGGUACCAGUCUGACCAUGGUGUGUGUCACAAGAAGGAGCCAGUGCACUAUGAGUGCCCCCACGGCUACACAUUCGAUGACGACAGCCACAAGUGCGUCAAACACCAGUACGGCGACCUGCUCUACUACUGCCCAAAGGUCAGUGAACCGACACACACAGAUGGAUGGCAAUAAUCGUGUUGCUGAUUCAUGUCUGUGUGUUGUGUGUGGUGCAGGGCACCAAGGAGGCUCAUGACGGCUCAUGUGUCAAGUACGACUACACUACCAAGACGCCCUACUGCAAGCACGGCAAGCUGGACGAUGCCGCCCACAAGUGCAUCGACCACCAGUACUAUGACGUCGAUUACAAGUGCCCACACGGCUACUUAUUCACUGCCGAUGAGACCAAGUGCUACGCCGACAAGUACACUGCCAAGCUCUACAAGUGCCCUUAUGGCUUCAAGCUGACCACCGACAAGAAGAAAUGCAUCAAACACAUCUACGCCGACCUCAAGUACUACUGCCCAAAGCAUUCGUAUGCCACGGCCAAGGGCUGCAAGGUGACGACUUACAAGGCCAAGGUGUCCUACUGCCCCCACGGCCAUCUGGAGGGCGGCAAGUGUGUGGUCAUCAAGGACAGCUACUACUCCUAUUACCCCAAGUGCAAACACGGCUACUCAUUCCACAACCGCAAGUGCGUCCUCAAGACCUUCCAUGACGCCCACCACAAGUGCCCCUAUGGCUUCUCGCUCACUGCCGACCACAGCAAGUGCUAUGUGGACAAGUAUGUGGCCAAGAAGGCCAGGUGCCCCCACGGCUACCAGUGGAGCAAACAUGAGAAGAAGUGCAUCAAAUACGACUAUGCCGACCUGCAGCACUACUGCCCAGAGGUGAGACCGAGUGAACACCGCACAACUCACAGGAGGGAUGCAUUGACGUGGCUGUGUCUGUCUGUGUCGAUCAGUACUCUGUGUUGACGCACAAGGGCUGCAAGUCGACCACAUAUGAGGCCAAGACGCCCUACUGCUCACACGGCCAUCUUAAUGGCCACAAGUGUGUCGUCAAGAAGCACUACGGCAUCCACUAUGAGUGCCCUUAUGGCUAUCAGCUGACCAAGGACGGCAGCAAGUGCUACGCCGAGACCUACCAUGACCAGCUCUACAAGUGCCCGUCCGGCUAUGAGCUGACUGAGGAGGACACCAAGUGUGUCAGCUACCACUAUGCUGACGUGGCCUACAAGUGCUUGAAGGGCAAACUGACGUAUGUGGGCUCACAGCCCAUUUGCUGCGUCGAUCACUAUGGCCACGGCAGCAGCAGCAGCAGCAAGUUCAGGGGGGCCAACAGCUACCACUAGCUGAGUGACCGAGAGACUCACUCACCCGCUCAGGCAGACAGAGAGGGGGGGAGGGGGGGCCGACUGCUCUGCUCUUCCGACGUGUGUAUACCAGUUGUGACUUGACAUUGGUGUGAAUAGAUAGAUGGAGGCCUGUGGGCGGUGUGGUGUGCCCUUUUUUGCUGGCCGGCUGUAUGUGUUUGGCGUGUGGGUGAGUGCUUUCGGGUUGUUUGCUCCCAUAGUGUGGGCGGGCCGGGGGGCCGCGAGGGGCGUGUGACGGACCUCAGGUGUGUGCGGUGUUUGUUUGGCCAUGUGCAUCUUGUGUGGGUGU